UAUUGUGUUUUUAUUUACUAAAGUAUGGCUGAGAAGACAAUUUGGGGUGAUGACCUUGUGAAGCACUUGAUUGAUGUUUGUAAGGAAGAAAUUUUAGCUGGGAAUAGGCCUCAAGGUAUUUUCACUAGAAUUGGUUGGAAGAAUGUGGAGGAUAAAUUUUUUGCAAGAACGAAAAAGAAAUGCACGAAGACACAAUUGAAGAAUAAAUUAGACAAUCUGAAGAAAGAUUUUACACAAUUUAUGGAAUUGAAGAUUGCUGCCACUGGACUUGGGUGGAACGAGGCAAAUCAAACUGUUGAUUGCUCUAACACAUGGUGGGAUGAACACCUUGAGAAAUGCAAUAAUCCUGAGAGGGGUACGAAGUGCAACCAUGUGAGGUUUCGGAAACAUGGACCAAAACACCUUGAUGAUUUGCACUUCUUGUUUGACAAGGUGCAUGUCACGGGUGCUACUGCAAUGUGUCCAGGAGAUGUUUCUUCAUGUGAUUCCUCUAGUGAUGACGUGUUAGAGGUCACAGAGAAAACCGAUGAAGCUUGCAACAAACCGAAACCGAAGAAGCGCAAACAAAUGUCCGGAGCAGCUCAAGAGAAGGAAGAGAAGAGUCCAUUUUAUCAGAUGUACAAGAACACUUGUAUGAAGAUUGAGAGUGCAGUUGAAAAAAUAAGCACAAGUGUUGAGGCAUCAUCAGCUCCUCUCCAAGCCAACCUAGUGCCAACUAUUGCAGAGGCUAUGAAGAUGGUGAAAGCAUGUGGGAUUCAAGAGAAAACUGCUAUGAUGCACACAGCCACUUCAUUGAUUAUGAAGGCUGAAUUUAGAGAGAUACUAUUUGCUCUUGAAACAAAUGAAGGAAGGUUUGAUUUAAUUGAAAGAGAGCACAAGAAGUCAACCACAUGAUCAUCUUUUUCCUUGUAUCCUUGUAAGAUGGUGAAAGCAUGUGAAA